GCGCUCCGCGCCUCGUCCCGCGUGGGCGUGGGGAUGGCGGUUCACACCGCAGGAUGCCGGAACCCCGGGCACUUGCUCUCUCGGUUUAAAGCCUUGGAGAAAAUAGGGGCGGGGUGUGCGGGGGAGCCAAGCCCUGAGGGAUGGCGGCGGUGGCCGAGGCUGGCCCUCACCCCCAUCUUCUCUGGGUUCCUGCCUUUUGCAGCCGUGCUGCGGCCUGGAGUCAUGGCAGUGCCCUUUGUGGAGGACUGGGACUUGGUGCAAACCCUGGGAGAAGGCGCCUAUGGAGAGGUUCAACUUGCUGUGAAUAGAAGAACUGAAGAAGCAGUUGCAGUCAAGAUUGUAGACAUGAAGCGUGCCAUAGACUGUCCAGAAAAUAUUAAGAAAGAGAUCUGUAUCAAUAAAAUGUUAAAUCAUGAGAAUGUAGUGAAAUUCUAUGGUCACAGGAGAGAAGGCAAUAUCCAGUAUCUGUUUCUGGAGUACUGUAGUGGAGGAGAACUUUUUGACAGAAUAGAGCCAGACAUAGGCAUGCCUGAACAAGAUGCUCAGAGGUUCUUUCACCAACUCAUGGCAGGAGUGGUUUAUCUGCAUGGUAUUGGGAUAACUCAUAGGGAUAUUAAGCCAGAAAAUCUUCUGUUGGAUGACCGGGAUAACCUCAAAAUCUCUGACUUUGGCUUGGCAACAGUGUUUCGGCAUAAUAAUCGUGAACGUUUAUUGAACAAGAUGUGUGGUACUUUACCUUAUGUUGCUCCAGAACUUCUAAAGAGAAAAGAAUUUCAUGCAGAACCAGUUGAUGUUUGGUCCUGUGGAAUAGUACUUACAGCAAUGUUGGCUGGAGAAUUACCAUGGGACCAGCCCAGUGACAGUUGUCAAGAAUAUUCUGAUUGGAAAGAAAAAAAAACAUACCUUAACCCUUGGAAAAAAAUUGAUUCAGCUCCUCUUGCUUUGCUGCAUAAAAUCCUAGUUGAGAAUCCAUCAGUAAGGAUUACCAUCCCAGACAUCAAAAAAGAUAGAUGGUACAACAAACCACUCAAGAAAGGAGCAAAGAGGCCCCGAGUCACUUCAGGUGGUGUAUCAGAGUCUUCUAGUGGAUUUUCUAAGCACAUUCAAUCCAAUUUGGACUUCUCUCCAGUGAACAGUGCCUCUAGUGAAGAAAAUGUGAAGUACUCCAGUUCCCAGCCAGAACCACGGACAGGUCUUUCCGUAUGGGACACUAGCCCUUCAUAUAUUGAUAAGCUGGUACAAGGGAUCAGUUUUUCCCAACCCACAUGUCCUGAUCAUAUGCUCCUGAAUAGUCAGUUACUUGGCACCCCGGGAUCCUCACAGAACCCUUGGCAGCGCUUGGUGAAAAGGAUGACACGAUUUUUUACCAAAUUGGAUGCAGACAAAUCUUAUCAAUGCCUGAAAGAGACUUGUGAGAAAUUGGGCUAUCAGUGGAAAAAGGGUUGUAUGAAUCAGGUUACUGUAUCAACAACUGAUAGGAGAAACAAUAAGCUGAUUUUCAAAGUGAAUUUGGUGGAAAUGGAUGAGAAGAUCUUGGUUGACUUUCGGCUUUCUAAGGGAGAUGGAUUAGAAUUCAAGAGACACUUCCUGAAGAUUAAAGGGAAGCUGAGUGAUGUUGUGAGCAGCCAGAAGGUUUGGCUUCCUGCCACAUGAGAGAUCCAUUGGAUUCCUGGUGAAUAUAGUGCUGCUACAUUGACAUUAUUCUUCCUAGAGAAGAUUAUCCUAUUCUGCAAACUGCAAACAAUAGUCUCUGAAGAAUUGUCUUCCCUCUAGCCAAACACUUUCAAUUUUUUUGGUAUGUUCUUCAUACAAACAAUACCUUACAUCUUCAUUGUAAGUAAAGCUUUGGGGAAUGGAUGGAUAGAAUUCAUUAGAUAUUUCUCAUCCUGUGUUUAGUUUCCAAAGACCCAUGUAAUGGAAACCAAGCUUUGAGGAUACAUGAACUUACCAACUUUUAUACCACUGUAAUGAAAGAUGAUAUUCUUGUCAUAUUGUUAACAGAACAUUUGGUUUUAUCCAAAAAAGUAGGUGUUUCUCUAUGUUGAUUUAAUUAUAUGGAUGGAUUAGUAAUUAAAGCAGUCCUGUGACUUUUGGACAGUAGAUUUAUCAGUCUAUAAAGUGAAGCCAACUUCAAAAAAUAUAUCCUCAAAAUUUAUACUUAUAUUUUCACAAGGGCCUUACCAAGUAUAUAAAUCUGUUUUUGGAGUAUAACUGUUAAUUGAAAUUGCAAGUAGGUAUGUUUUUUCCAGUGUAGUUAAUAUAUAAAAUACUGGUUGGUCUUUCAAGUAUAAGUUGAGCAUGGACUUUAAUGCUUAACUACCUUUACUCUAAAAUUACUAUUGCACAUUUUAAAUAUUUUUCUAUAUUAUUUUCUACUUUCACAGCCAUAUUUUAAUUCUUUAUUACAGAAAUAAAUUCUAUUUUGAAAAUGAAUAGCUAACUCUGUGGACUUCUUGGUAACCAAGCUUCUAGGUAGUAAGGAAUAAAAGAGGGAGGGAGAAGUAAAUAAGCUGUGAGAGAAAUAGAUCUGAUUCCUAAUUCUUUUACUAUUAGAUUUACUAAGACUCUGUUCUUUUAAUAAAAUUUAUAUUAAUUUUGGGGUCUCCUGGGUGGCUCAGUUGAUUAAGCAUCUGGGUUAGGUUCGGGUCAUGAUCUUGGAGUCCCAGAUCAAGCCCCACAUCAGGCUUCCUGCUCAUCAGAAAGUCUGCUUCUCCCUCUCCCUCUGCUCCCCCUGCUCACACCCUCACACUGUGUAUCUCGCUCUCAAAUAAAUAAAAUACUAAAAAAAAAUUAUAUUAAUUUUUGAAUGUAUUAGGUUUGGGACCUCUAUUCCUUUUUCUUGGUAGUUUAUAAAAUUGAUCAUCUUAGUCUGAACCUAAGAAGGUGAAAUUUUAUGGUUAGAGUUUAUCGCUUAUUAGUGUAUACUGGUGAUUGUGUUAACACCAUAGGAGAAAAAAAUUUGAACAGUUAGGUGAUUCCUAAGGUUGAGUUAGUAAAUUCUCAAAUAUGAAAAAUUUUGUUCUUGAAAAUUAUCAUUAGUAACUCUCAUAAACAAAGUUAUCUUAAGCUUUGAUCUCCCCCCUUGAACUUCAAACUUUACAGACAUAGCCAAGCUGACAUCUCCACUUGACUAAUAGUGAACAUGUGACCAAAACCAGCUGUUGGUCCCUAUCUUCUGACCUGUUCCUCCUAAGUUUCUCCCAAUUUCAAUAAAUGCUACAUUCAGCUCUCCCCUUCCUUAACCCAAAACCCCUGGAAUCUUUUUUGACCUAGUUUUGAUAUUCUACAUUUAAUUUGGCAAAUCCUAUUCAAUUUAGCAAACUUAUCCACAAUCUAUCUUACUUCACACCUCUACUAGAAGCACUCUAGUUGAAGGCAUUGUCACCACUCUUUUCAUACUACUUAUCCUUCAACAGUUCAAAAAGUCAGUCAGAAUGAUAUUUCUAAAACGUGAAUCAGGGAUCCUUCUCCUGUUCUCAACUCUCCUGGCUUUUCAUCACACUUUUUAAACAAAUUUCAAAAUUUUCUCUCCCACCUCCUGGCUUUAUGGGAUCUGCCCUCUUACCAACUCCUGGGCCUCCUCUGCCACUCUUUUACGUACUCAUCCUGCUCUGGCUGCAUUUGCUUAGCUGUUCUGCUCACAAUGUAGGCACAUUCUCACCUCAUAUUCUUUUCCUUUGCUCUUUCCCUCUCUGUGGAGUGCUUUGGUGUGGUUUGUGUUUCACUUUAAGUCCUUGCUUAAAUGUCACCCAUUAUGCAAAGUCUUUCUUUGACUUACCUAAAAUAUUAUCCCACUUCUAUCAUUCAUUCCUUUAUUUUUCAUCAUAACAGUUAUUGUCUGAUGCUAUAUAUUUUUAUUUACCUAUUAAAUGUUUCCCUCAUUGCAGUAUGUAAUAUACAAUAAGCUCCUUGAGGUCAGGGAUCCUGUGUGUCCUGUUCAGUUCUCUGUCCCCAGCACCUAGAACAGUGCCUGAUAUAUUAUUACAGCAUGCAAUGAAUAGUCGUUUAAUGAAGAAAUAGGCACUCCAUUGAUCCGGUCUAUCCUCACAGUAUAUUUGGAAGCUGAACACUUCUGUCCAUUUUGAUUGCUGCCAUUCUAGUUCAAGCUCCUUCAUCUCUUCCCUGGAUUUCUUACUAAAAACUGAUGUCUUUCCACUUCCACUCUUGCCAUUUCCCAACCUUCUUUUCCUCAAAGUCUUCUCUUGACAUAGGUCCUAACUUGUUUUCUUUCUUUCUUUUUUUUUUUUUUUAAACUUGUUGUUUUCUUAAAGAUAAAUUGUAAGUCCUUGCUUAAAAACCUCCAGUGGCUUCCCACUGUGUCAGAAAUGGAGUCUAAAUUCUUUCCUUGGACUGCAAGAUACACCAUCUGUCCUCUUUGCUUAUCAUACUACAGGCAGAGUAGCCUUCUACUUUUACUGUUCAUUAAGCAUGCCAAAACUCAUCCCCCUUUCAGGACUUUUUUUGGGGGGGGGGCUUUCAGGACUUUUAUGGUUACAGCUGCCACUGCCUGGAACCCCUUCCAGUGGUUUGCAUGACUUAUGUAGUAUUCAGAUCUCAGCCCAAAUGUUUCUGCUAUCCCCAAUCACUGUCCUCCUAUUUUUUUUCAUAGAACUGAUUGCUAUCUGAAAUUAUCUAUUGUCUCUCUCCCCCAACAAAAUGUAAACUUAGACUUCAUCAUCUCUUUUCCCCUUUGCCUACCUUUUUCCUUCUUCCUGCCCCUUUGUAUAUCUUGAAAGUGGAACAGUACUUGGAAUAUAGUAGGUACUAAAUAAAUAUUUGUUGAAUAAAUGAAUGAAUUAAAUAUCAGAUGAAGAAAAUCCUACAGAAUAUUGUAAGGGGAAGGUGAAUUGAUGGAGAGUAAACAAACUCAGUUGUUGGAAUUUGUGUAGAAUGGUGGAAGAAGUUGCAUUUAGACUUGGACAGAUUAGCUCUCACAUUUUUAUGUGAGCAUUGGCAACCGCCUCUGUAGAGAAACUGAUAAUAACUACAUUUUAGAGUUGUUUUUUUCUUAAAUGAGUUAAUGUGUAUGAAAAGUAUAGUAUACGGUGUUGCACAAAAGGCAUUCAAUAAACAUAAGCUGCCAUAAUUUUUCUGCAGUGUUCAUUAUACUAUUGGGAGAAAGUGCUUACUUCCAUUAUUGAGAGUGAUGUUUGCUUAUCAGUGAAAAUUAGCAAAGUGUAAAAAUGGGAAUGGAAUUAUUGGCCAAAGAUAACAGCUAAAAUUUUGAUGGGAAGAUCAAUGCAUGCUGCAUGUGUAUGCAUAGUGUAGUAUGUAUAUUGGGUAUGAUUGUUGAGAUACAUAUAAAUAUAUAAAAUGUGUAUGGUUUAGUUAGAAAGUCAAUGUCUGUUGAUCAAACUCCAUUGAAGAAACAUCAUUUCUGAACCCUCACAAGCCUUCCCUUGUUCCCCUUCCCACUCAUAACCAACUCCCUUCCCCAGAAGUGAUCCUAAAAUUUAUUUUUGUAAUAAUCCUUUCCUUGGUUUUUAGUUUUCUCAGCUAUUUAUGCAUCUUUAAAUGAGAUAGUUUAGUUUUGCCUGUUUUAGAACUUCAUAUAAAUGAAAUUAUGCUGUAUGUAAUUUUUAUGUGUUGCUUUUUAAUGUUCAUUAGCAUGAAUAACUUGCAUGUAUCAAAGUCAUUGAUUUUAAUUACUGUAUAAGAUGCCACUUAGGAAUAUACCACUAAUUGCGUAUUCACUGUAUUGUUAAUGGAUGUUUGGAUUAUUUACAGUUUGAUGCUAUUAUUAAUACUCCUUUUGUUUUGUUUUGUUUUUUUGAAGAUUUUAUUUAUUUAUUUGACAGAGCACAAGCAGGGGCAGCGGUAGGCAGAGGGAGAGGGAGAAGCAGACUUCCUGCUGAGCAGGGAGCCCGAUGUUGGGCUUGAUCCCAGGAUGCUGGGAUCAUGACUUGAGCCACCCAGGUACCCCUAUUAACACUCUUGCUAAGAACACUGUUGUACAUGUCCAUGAACUUCUCUAGAUCCUAGGGACUAGUAUGUAUACUUAGACAAGUGGAAUGGAUGGGUUUUAGGAUAUGCAUAUCUUCAACUUGAGUAGAAUAAUGGCAAACUGUUUCUAAAGUGAUUGUAUCAAUUUAUACUGCCAUGAACAAAAGGAUGCAAUUGCUGGAAAAAGUUUGGAAUAAUCUAUUACAGUAUCACAAUUUUCAUAGCAGCAGAAUAUGUGUUUCUAGUAUUUCAGACUUUCACCUCCAUUUGAUGCUGUCAACCUAAUUUUUCCCAAGUUACUGGUGUGUAAUAUCUGGUGUUAAUUUGCUCAUUCCUAAGUUUAAAUGAGAUUGAGUAUCUAUGAUGUGCCUCCCCUAGUCUUUUCCUAAUUUUUUGUUGUUUUUUCUUUUUUCUUAAUGAUUCAUUCAAUAGGAAAUAAAACCAGCGCCAGGAGAGGUCUUAACCAAACUAUGUUAAAAUUACAAAUCUCCAUAAAAUGUGAAACAAUAAGUCACAGAAUGGGACAGUGUAUAUGCUACACAUGCAAUUGACAAAGAACUAGUAUGCUGAACAUAUAAAGAAGUGAAAUCAUUAAGAAAAAAGAAAAAACAACAAAAAAUUAGGAAAAGACUAGGGGAGGCACAUCAUAGAUACUCAAUCUCAUUCAUUCCUUCAGGAUCAUGAAGAUUUUCUUGUAUAUUAUUUUCUAAAAGCUUUAUAGUUCUGGCUCUUACGUUUAGAUCGACAAUCCACCUGAAAGUGGAUUUUGUGUAUAAUGUGAGGGUAGAAGUCAAGAUUGAUUUUUUUUCCCUCACUUGGCUAUCCAGUUUAGCACUGCUUCAUUGAAAAGAUUAUCCAUUUCUUACUGUUCCCAUUCGGUGUUUAGAUUUACAGUUCUUAUUUUUUAUAAGACAUUUCGGAUCAGGAUCCAAAUAAAGCCCACAUUAGUAAUUGGCUGAUGUAUUUAAUUUGUUUUUGGUUUAUAAAUUUCCCCUUAAGCCUCCUUCCUUCUUUCUGACUUUUUUUUCCCCUUGUAGUUUAUUGAUAGAAGAGUCCAGCUGAUUUACUCUCUAAUUUUCAGAUUGUUUUACUGUGAUAUAGUUUCACCUGCUUCCUUUAUUCUCUAUGUUUCCUAUAAAUACAUACUUUGGGAUACUAGUCCUGUAUCAAUUAUAUAUGUUGCAUAUAAGAAUUUAAAAUUAUAGAUUUUGGGCGCCUGGGUGGCUCAGUAGGUUAGGUGUUUGCCUUCAGCUCAGGUCGUGGUCUCACAGUCCUGGGAUCAAGUGCCACAUAGGGCCCUCUGCUUAGGGAGUCUGCUUCUCCCUCUCCCUUUACAUCCUCCCUGCUUGUGCUCUUUCCCACUCUCUUUCAAAUAAAUAAAAUCUUUAGGGACGCUUGGGUGGCUCAGUGGUUGAGCACCUGCCUUUGGCCCAGCCGUGAUCCUGGAGUCCUGGAAUCGAAUCAUCCCACAUCGGGCUCCUUGCAUGGAGCCUGCUUCUCCCUCUGCCUGUG